AUGUGCGAGCCGGUGAAGGUGAUCGGCACUCGGUUCAGCGCGUUCAGCCACCGCGCCGAGGUGGCCCUGCGGCUCAAGGGUGUCCCCUACGAGCUCAUCGCCGAGGACCUGGACAACAAGAGCGAGCUGCUGCUCCGGAGCAACCCCGUCCACGGCGGCAAGGUGCCGGUGCUCCUCCACGGCGACCGGACGGCCGUGUGCGAGUCCCUCGUCAUCGUCGAGUACGUAGACGAGGCCUUUGACGGCCCGCCCAUCCUGCCCUCCGACCCUGCUGGCCGCGCCGCCGCCCGGUUCUGGGCGGGCUUCCUGGGCGUGAACCACUGCUGGAGGCUGCUGUGGCUGGCGCUCUGGGCGGCGGACGGGGACGCACGGGCAGGGUUUCGGGAGGAGGCCAGGGCUAGACUGGCGCUCCUGGAGGCGCAGCUGGAGGGGAAGAGGUUCUUCGCCGGGGACGGUAUCGGGUACGUCGACGUCGCUGCAAGCGGGCUCGCGUACUGGCUUGGGGCUAUGGAGGAGGUCGCCGGGGUGAGCAUCAUGGACGCCGCCGACUUCCCUGCUCUGUGCCGGUGGGCCAAGGAGUACACGUCGAGUGAUGUCGUGAAGGGGUGCCUACCGGACUGGGACGAGCUCGUCGCCGGGUACGCAGCGAGCACCGACAAAUUUAAACUUGUGGCCCAGCACGCGGCGAUCUACCAGUAA